GUUUACUAUUCUGGUAGCUAGACAUAAAUAUAUCUGACUAUCAGAGUCUCAGGUUUAAUGGAGUUUAUCAGCGAAUGUAUGUGUUCCGGUCAAGCCGCUAACAACACAGCGUUUCUGUGAGAUGGUAUAAACGAGAAUAUGGCUUCUGAAGUACCAGUAGUAUCGCCAGAGUCUCGCAGGUUGCAAUGGGACGAAGUCGGUCCCGCAGCAGAUCUCCAGAGGUCUCUGUGAAUAGGCAUGGAAAAGAACGAAGGUCAUCAAAGAAACGUCACAGAUCCAGCUCUUCGUCCUCCAGCUCCAGCAGUGCGAAUCCAAGCCCUCGCAGGAAACGUACACAUAGUUCCAGCAAGAGGCAAAAUGCAGAGCACAAAUCUGCAAAGAAAGCGCAGAAAAGAAAUCAUUCUUCAUCAAGCAGCUCAUCUUCAUCAGGUAACGAAGAAGCCAAGAAGAGAAAGCAUAAAAAGGCCAAGAAGCAGUUGAAGAAAACUAAAGCUAAGGAAAAAAAGAAGGUAAAAAAGGAGAAGAAAAGGCUUAAGAAGAUGAAGUUGUUAGCAGCAAAAGCUGAGGCAGCAGCAAAUAAAGCUCCAUUGAUGAUCCCUGUUCCAGUACCCAUUCAAAUUAAAAAAACCCAGUCAUACUUGGAGACCUGGCAAAGUGAUGAUGCCACAGAACAUGGUCCUGUGAUGACUGAUGAACAGAGAGCCAGUUUCUCCACCAAGAGGCCCCUGACGAAAGAGGAAUAUGAAGCCAGACAAAGUGUCAUCCGGCGAGUUGUUGACCCUGAGACAGGACGUACCAGGCUUGUGAGAGGAGAUGGAGAGAUUUUGGAAGAGAUUGUCAGCAAAGAGAAGCACAAAGAAAUCAAUAAGCAAGCAACCAAGAGAGAUGGUGAUGCAUUCCAGAAGAGACUAGGGAUUAACAGGUAGAAGAAUUUCACUGGACAUGUAAAAACUAUAUCCCGAUGGUUUUAAGCCCAAACCCUAAGGAAUCUCAAGAAAGCCUCAUAUGUUCAAUUAAAUAAACAGUUUUUAUGCCUUUGAAAUUGUCUAAAUAUGUUCCACAUCUACUUCUUGAAAUGCUUUAAAGAUUAUCUGAAUUCCUAUUAUUUUGAUUGUUUUUAAUUUUUUUUUUAUAGUCUUCUAAACCGGCAAAUAAAUACCGCCUUGAUUUAUUGCUGAAA